ACCCACAAAAUGCAGAAAGCAACAUAUUACGAUAACUCUGGACUUUUUGGAGGUUACACCUUCCCCAAACCAGACUCUUACAACUACGGCCCCGCUCACCAGUCCUACCCCGCUUCCAACAUUGACAAUGACUACCAGGGCUCAGUGUGUCCCAUCCAGACCUCUGCUGUCCGGCCGCCGACCCUCAAAGACAGUGACCUGAACGGAGACUGCAUGCGGCAAAGCAGCAGUCAAAGCAACAGCAGCAGCCAAGCCACGAGUAUUGGGGAGCAGCAGGCACCUCCACUGUCCGCAUCCUCUCCCAGCUCCAACAGCAACGCAUCCCAGAAGAAGAAAUCUCCAUCUAGCGCCUCCAGCACUGCCACGCCGACCCUCACAAAGCAGAUAUUCCCCUGGAUGAAGGAGACCAGGCAGAACUCCAAGCAGAAGAGCAACAACUGCACCAGUGCAGGUGGCGAGGUGAGUGAUGAGAAGAGCCCGCCGGGACCAGCCUCCAAACGGGUCAGAACUGCUUACACCAGCGCGCAACUUGUGGAGCUGGAGAAGGAGUUUCACUUUAACCGCUACCUUUGUCGCCCUCGGAGAGUGGAAAUGGCCAAUCUGUUAAAUCUCACCGAGCGCCAAAUAAAGAUCUGGUUUCAGAACAGGAGGAUGAAAUACAAAAAGGACCAGAAGUCUAAAGGGCUCGCGCACUCUCCCCUGGGACACUCCCCGGAUAGGAGCCCGCCGCUGAGUGGCCCAAAUCACAUUGGAUACUCUGGCCAGCUCCAAAACGUGAACAGCCUCAACUAUGACGCGCCCUCGCCCCCAUCCUUCGCCAAACCCCAGCAAAACAUGUACGGCUUGGCGGCGUACACGGCGCCUUUGGGUGGCUGCAUCCCGCAACAGAAGAGGUACCCAGGCUCCGAGUACGAGCACCACGGCAUGCAGAGCAACGGCAGCUUUGCCAACGCCAAUUUGCAAGGCAGCCCCGUUUAUGUGGGUGGGAAUUUUGUUGAUUCCAUGCCAGCCUCGGGCCCCAUGUUCAACCUCGGCCAUCUUCCCCACCCCUCAUCCACCAGUGUGGACUACAGCUGUGCGGCUCAGAUACCAGGAAACCACCAUCAUGGACCCUGUGAUCCCCAUCCCACAUACACAGACCUCACCUCUCACCAAGCGUCUCAGGGAAGGAUUCAGGAAGCGCCUAAACUCACGCAUUUGUAA